UCGCUAUAUAAAUAAAUGAUGAUGAUGAUGAUAUAUAUAUAAAUUAUACAAGGUGGUGUAUAGAAUAUAGAUUGGAGAUCUCAAAUCAAUUUGGGGAUAAUGAAUAAAUAAUAUAUAAGGAAAAUGAAGAAAAUUACAAUGAUAAAUGAGAUACUUGACAUUAUUUUAUACAUAACUUGUCUGCGUCAUAUUAAAAGUCACUUAUAAGGCGCAGUUCCCCUCUAAUCUGUCGCUUAUGUGGCAGUUGGAAUGUCAGACAAUCGAAUACAUUUGGGCUUUAGUCAGAAUUGGAUUAAACUGAAAUUGGCAGUUUAUAUUCAGCCAAAUCUGGAUCCGGUAUUUGGGCAAAUACAAAGAGUAACCGUUUGGCUUGUCCCUAAAAUCCAUUUCAAUUCAUUAUCACAUAUGAGAGCAGCAGCUCUUAGACCCCAUGAGCUCACGAUCUGCCAGGAAAGUGCCCAGUUGUAAACGUUCCUCCUCCUUUCUCUGUUGAUGUUUAUAAUGGGCUGAUAAUAAACACACAGAGCUGAUAUAGACAUAUAAUAUAUAGAGAGAGAGAUACACUGGAGAUACUGCACAUGAGACUUCUCCUCGUGCUUCUGCCCAGCAAUGGUUAAUGAUGUUGGGUUAAGGGGUGCAGUGACAUCAUGCUGAGGGGGUGAGAGUGGGAGGAGCCAGCUGGUGGUGCCUUUAUAUGAAGUGCUGCGGAGCUGCUGAGCCAAAGGCACCUGAACUCACCUGCACAACUACUCGUCCCCUGCACAACCACAGCCAUGCACAAUAAACUUUACACAAUUGUGCUCCUCGUCGUACUCACCACAGCGACCCUCUGCCGGCCAAUGACGGAUCUAGAAUCAAGGUCACAUGGUGGAUCCCCCAGGAAGACCCCCGGCACUUCGGAGCUGAGCAGGAGGGACCUCCUGGCGUCACUUUCCCAUGAGCAGAAGCAGCUGAUCUCCCAAAUCUUCCCUCACUUAUACACAGACUUGAUCAACAGUGAAGCCCAUUUCCACCCCGUGCAGGACCGGGAUUAUGCCGGAUGGAUGGACUUUGGCCGUCGGAGUUUGGAAGAACCUGAGUCUUAAAUAUCCCCCCCACCCCCCAUUCCUUUAACUUUAGCAUCAGGGUGCCCCGCAACUCUCCCCCCCACCCAGUUCUGACAUGUGACUUCUCUAGCAGCCGGGGGGUUCCUUUAAGAAGGUGGUUCUGCUCAGGAUCUGGUGGGAUGUCUACUGCUUCUUCUUGAGGGACAAAGGGAAGGAAAACUGAAAUAUUCCCAAUAAAGUAACAUCCACAUUUCAAACGUUGUCUGUCAAGUGUCUCUUUAUAAUUAUCUCUAGUCGCCAGGUAUAGAAAUUGUUGGGUGGUGUCGAGGUUCAGAUCUGGAUGAAACAAGAGAUAAACCAAUGGGAAUGGUGCCCAGAUAAACCCCAACCUUUACUAGAAAUAGUCACCAGGUAUAGAUAUAGAUAUUGUUGGGUGGUGUCAGGGUUCGGAUCAGACUGAGUGGAACAAGAGAUAAACCAAUAGAAAUGGUGCCCCGAUAAACCCCCAACCUUUACUAGAAAUAGUCGCCAGGUGUAUAAAUUGGUUGGUGGUGUCAGGGUUCAGAUCAGACUGGAUGAAACAAGAGAUAAACCCCAACCUUUACUAGAAAUAGUCGCCAGGUGUAUAAAUUGGUUGGUGGUGUCAGGGUUCAGAUCAGACUGGAUGAAACAAGAGAUAAACCCCAACCUUUACUAGAAAUAGUCACCAGGUGUAUAAAUUGGUUGGUGGUGUCAGGGUUCAGAUCAGACUCGAUGAAACAAGAGAUAAACCCCAACCUUUACUAGAAAUAGUCACCAGGUGUAUAAAUUGUUGGGUUGGUGUCGAG